AUGCUGUCUGUAAGGGCAUCGGACGGCAUAACAGAGGAGCCAACCGACACAGGGGAAGAUUUCAGCAUCACAAUCGACGCCGAAAACCCCGAGGUGGCUUUCGACCCCCCUGAGGCUCACCAGGUGGCGUCCCCGGGGGAGGUGUCGGCCACGCAGCCUUACAUAGACCCUGCUACGCCUCUGCAGGUGAAGGCGUACGUGGGAAUCACCGCUUCCAUACCCUGCAUUGUCAACAACCUCGGACAACGCUCAGUCACUCCAGGUAUCCUGGGUCCGUCACCGCGACAUCCACGUCCUGACGGUCGGCCGCUUCACCUUCACCAACGACGACCGCUUCGUAGCCCUCCACGAGGACGGCAGCAACGCCUGGAUACUCAGCCUCUGAAGUCUCCAACCACUAAUGACUCGGGAAUAUACGAGUGCCAGAUCAACACCAAACCAACGCUCUCCCAGAUGAUAACACUCGACGUGGUUGAACCGCAAGCAAUAAUCACUGCGGGUCGAGAGUUGUACGUGGAUGCCGGUUCAUCUCUGAGCCUCACCUGCCAGAUCGUCAACGCCCCAGCUGCUCCCGAGUUCCUUCUCUGGUACCACGAACAGCAGGUAGCUAAUUAUGUAGAACACGUGCACGUCGACACAAACCACGUGAAUGGGACUACAACCAGUACUCUCGUGCUGGACGAAGCUCGUGUGCAUAACUCUGGGAAGUACACGUGCAGCGCCUCCAAUGCACGGGAGGCUUCCAUCAUGGUGCACGUACUCAGCGGGGAGGAGCCGAGAGCGAUGCAGACCAACGGCGCCGGGAUGGAGCUCCUGCCCCUCCCCCCCUCCCCCCUCCCCUUCCUGCUGACGGGUCUCUGCUGGCUGCUGCUGCUUCCCCUUCUGCUGCCCGUGUCGGCCGCUGCCUUCCCCUCGGCCUUCGCUGUGUUCGUGACUUUAGAGAUGAUUUAUAUUAUCCCAAAACUUGUAAUAUAAAUUCUUGAAGAGAAAACAGAUUGUGUGUUUUUUCCGUGUCUCUUCUUGUAUUUUUUUGUGUUUUUUUGUGUUUUUUUUAUAAUAAAACUAUAUAUUCUUCC